CACCGCGCUUCCCAAGGUGCGCGGAGUUGAUGGCGCUGUUUCAUGACGUCACGAUCAUUGACAGCGUGAGGCCCUGGUGGCUGCUGCUAUGGUGGCUAGCGGCUGGGUGCAGCAUGUCUAGACUGGGGGCUCUGGGCGGCGCCCGCGCGGGGCUGGGACUGUUGCUGGGCACCGCCGCUGGCCUUGGAUUCCUGUGCGUCCUUUACAGCCAGCGAUGGAAACGGACCCGGCGCCAUGGCCCAAGCCAGAGCCUGCCCAACUCCCUGGACUACACGCAGACUUCAGAGUCCGGACGCCAGGUGAUGCUAUUGCGCACUGUCCCUGGGGAGGCUGGAGAUGCUGCGGUGCUGCCCAGCCUCCCACAGGAAGGGCAGGAGAAGGUACUGGACCGCCUGGACUUUGUGCUGACCAGUCUUGUGGCACUGCGGCGGGAGGUGGAAGAGCUGAGGAGCAGCCUACAAAGGCUUGCUGGGGAGAUCGUGGGGGAGGUCCGCCUGCUUUUCAGAUCCCACAUGGAAGAGAACCAGAGAGCAGCUCGGCGGCGAAGGUUCCCAUUUACCCGAGAGAGGAGUGACUCUACUGGCUCUAGCUCUGUCUACUUCACAGCCUCCUCGGGAACCACGUUCACAGAUGCUGAGAGCGAAGGGGGUUAUACAACAGCCAAUGCUGAGUCUGACUAUGAGCGAGACUCUGACAAGGAAAGUGAGGACGGGGAAGAUGAAGUGAGCUGUGAGACCGUGAAGAUGGGGAGAAAAGAUUCUCUGGACCUGGACGAGGAGGCAGCUUCUGGUCCAGUACCCAGUGCCUUGGAGGCUGGAGGCUCCUUGGACCUGGAGGAUGUGCUGCCUCUCCUGCAGCAGGCGGAUGAGCUGCACCAGGGCAGUGAGCAGAGCAAGCGUGAGGGCUUCCAGCUACUGCUCAACAACAAGCUGGCGUAUGGAAGCCGGCAGGACUUUCUUUGGCGCCUGGCCAGAGCCUACAGUGAUAUGUGCGAGCUCACUGAGGAGGUGAGCGAGAAGAAGUCAUAUGCUCUAAAUGGAAAAGAAGAAGCAGAAGCUGCUCUGGAGAAGGGGGAUGAGAGUGCUGAAUGCCACCAGUGGUAUGCAGUGCUUUGUGGUCAGCUGGCUGAGCAUGAGGGCAUCCAGAGACGCAUUCAGACUGGCUUUAGCUUCAAGGAACAUGUGGACAAAGUCAUUGCUCUCCAGCCAGAAAACCCCAUGGCUCACUUUCUCCUUGGCAGGUGGUGUUACCAGGUCUCUCACCUGAGUUGGCUAGAAAAAAAAACCGCGACAGCCUUGUUUGAAACCCCUCUUGAUGCCACUGUACAAGAUGCCCUCCAGAGUUUCCUAAAGGCUGAAGAACUACAGCCAGGAUUUUCCAAAGCAGGAAGAGUAUAUAUUUCCAAGUGCUACAGAGAACUAGGAAAAAAUUCUGAAGCUAGAAGGUGGAUGAAGUUGGCCCUAGAACUGCCAGAUGUCACUAAAGAGGAUUCAGCUUUCCAUAAAGACCUGGAAGAAUUGGAAGUAAUUUUAGGAGAAUAGUCACAUUUCAGUGGCCUUCAUGACUGGAGGGAUGGCACUACAUAUGGGGGAAGAAUCAGGACUUUUCCCUGUACAUCCCCAUUGAGAUAAGGAACCCAAGCAAGAUUGGUUUAAGGAGUAUCUGGACUCCUGGGUCAGAUUGCUAUUCACUACCAUUCCACAGCUUAAUUUAUUCUAAUCUCUUAACUAAUCUAAAAUUGGGGAAGUACUGUGUUCUCUCCCUUAAGUGAAUUCUUGAAAAAUCAAGAAUAUUCUAGCAUCUGCCAUAGGGGUAAGUGUGGGUAGAUCCCGCGCUGUGAGAAGUAAGGACUAAGUAAGUAGCAGCACUGCCUACCGACUGCUGGUGAGGUGGAUGAACUUGAAAGAGCUACAAGAACAAAGCACAGAAUUGGUUACUUUCUCAUCUUUUCCACUGAAGAAUAAUCAGCAUGUAUAUAUACGUAGUUCUAAGAUCAUACCCUACCUACCAGGGUAAAAGGAAGGGGUAGAGCAACCACUGGAUAUUGCCCUCUUACACCUAUCAUGUGGAUUCUACCUGUGUUCCUGGGCUGAGGGGCUGGACCACUGACUUCUAGAAUCCUGGUGCUCUGGAAUGACAACAGUGGCAUAGGGUUUAUGAUACUGUGAAACAAGCUGAGGCCUGGAAUAUAUUUUGAUACAAAAUUUAAAUAAACCAAAUUUGAUUAGAAAUUA